AUGCGGUGGUGGCUCAUAUUUUCUUGCGGCAAAACGGACAUGACGGCGAAUACUCCAACCACAGCCGGAUACAGUCGUAAUGGAAACAGUGGGCGCAGCACGGCGUCACGCGGAUGUUGUCGACGCCUGGCCGCAUGUCGUCGUAGCAGAAAAUGCACGUUUCGCCAGCCACGGAGUCGGGGAUUUGGAGGCGGCGGAGCACGAGUUCCCGCUUGCGGAAAUCGACGAGGAUGCGUGUUUUCACCACUGCCGCUUUCAAGCUGUUGUAUGCUGCCGGCAACAUGUAUACUGGGAAAGUGUAGUGGUAGAAGAAGAGAAGCGAAAACACCACGGACAUGGCGAGCAGGAGCAAAGUCAAGGCCAACUCGACAAGGAAAAAAAGCUGCCGUCUCGUCUGUUUCCACGACUCGCUCGCCAGCGGGCGCAUGUCGAGGCAGAACCGGAGCGACGUUGAUAGAAGAAUCGGAUAGUGGUUAA